CUUCUUUUAUGAAGAGGCAUUGGAAGCCGUUCAAGGGAUGGGCCCACCCUUCAUUGAGGUGUUGCCUUCCUCCCGUACUGGAAUCAGAAGAACCAGAAGUGCCCGAGAAAUCAUCCACCACCACCACCAGUAGCAGUAGCAGUGGAAUGGAUUCACCAAUGCCAGACAAUGGAGUUUACCACACGGAUGUGUCUGCAGAGGAACGUGAUAAGAAGCUAAAAGAAGUAGCUGCCUUUUGCAACGAUCAAAGGCUACGUUUGCCACCAUUUAAUACCGUCCCUGAAACUGAGGAGCAUCAUGUCCCAGAAACGUUGGAGCUUCGGAACAAGGAAAUCCAGGCCGAAGAGACUGACAUGGAAGCCUGGAUAUCUCAGCUUUCGACGUUAAAAUUCGAAAUGGAGGAAGCCCAAGAAGAGCGGUUACAUGAACAACAAUUUCAGUGAAAAUGACAAUGGCGAGAGGAAGA